AUGAAGCAAAUCAAACAACUCCACGCGCGCGGUCUCAGAAACGGCGUAGACGAAACCAAAAAUCUCUUACAACGAUUGCUUCAGAUUCCAAAACUUGCUUACGCCAGGAAACUCUUCGAUCAUCACCGAAACCCUUGUAUCUUCCUCUACAACAAGCUAAUCCAAGCUUACUCUGUUCAUAGCCAGCCUCAUGAAUCCAUCCUCCUGUUCAAUCUCCUCUCCUCCGAUGGCCUCCGGCCAAAUCACCACACUUUCAAUUUCAUUUUCGCGGCUUCUGCUUCGAUCGCGUCGCUUCGACCUCUACGGAUGCUCCAUUCGCAGUUUUUAAGAUCUGGGUUUGAGUCUGAUUCCUUCUGCUGCACAGCUCUAGUCACUUCCUACGCGAAGCUAGGAGCAUUGUGCUGUGCGCGCAAGGUGUUCGACGAAAUGCCUAACCGAGACGUACCCGUGUGGAAUGCAAUGAUCACGUGUUACAAAAGACAAGGCGAUAUGAAGUCGGCGAUUGAGUUGUUUGAUUCAAUGCCUUCUAAGAACGUGAUCUCGUGGACCACUGUUAUCUCUGGGUUUUCUCAGAACGGGAAUUACUCUGAGGCUUUGACGGUGUUUUUGCGUAUGGAGGAUGACAAAUCCGUGAAACCGAACCAUAUAACUGUAACAAGUGUUCUCCCAGCUUGUGCGAAUCUCGGGGCUUUGGAGAUUGGCCGAAGAUUAGAAGUCUAUGCUAGAGAGAACGGGUUCUUUGGUAAUAUCUACGUGAGUAAUGCUACUCUGGAGAUGUACUCAAAAUGUGGAAUGAUUGAUGUAGCCAAACGGAUUUUCGAUGAAAUUGGAAACCAGAGAAAUUUGUGCUCAUGGAACUCUAUGAUCAGUAGCCUAGCUACUCACGGGAAACAUGAAGAAGCUCUUGAGCUUUAUGCCCAAAUGUUGAGAGAAGGAGAAAAACCUGAUGCGGUGACAUUUGUUGGGUUGUUGCUAGCUUGUGUUCAUGGUGGGAUGGUGAAGAAGGGAAAAGAAUUGUUCAAGUCCAUGGAGGAAGUUCACAAGAUUUCCCCAAAGCUAGAGCACUACGGAUGCAUGAUCGAUCUCUUGGGGCGUGUUGGGAAGCUGCAAGAAGCCUAUGAUCUCAUCAAAACAAUGCCGAUGAAGCCAGAUGCUGUCGUUUGGGGAACUCUUUUGGGUGCUUGUAGUUUCCAUGGCAAUGUCGAGAUAGCGGAGAUCGCAUGCGAGGCACUGUUCAAACUCGAACCUUCAAAUCCAGGGAACUGUGUGAUCAUGUCGAAUAUCUACGCCGCGAAUGAGAUGUGGGAUGGGGUUUUGAGGAUGAGGAAGAUGAUGAAGAAGGAAACGAUGACAAAGGCUGCUGGAUAUAGUUAUCUUGUUGAAGAAGGAGUCGAAGCUCAUAAAUUUACCGUGGAAGAUAAAUCACACCCAAGAUCUUAUGAGAUCUAUCAGGCUCUUGACAAAAUUUUCCAGAUAAUGAAACCGGAGAAGAGUCACAUUGACUCUAUACUCCAACAUAAACAACUUUGCAUAUUGGAUUAG